AUGGCGGCGGGCGUGCCCCCGCCGGUGUUCAACCUGUUCAUCAUCAACAAGUCGGGCGGCCUCAUCUACUACAAGGACUUUGGGUCGUUGAACCGGCUGGACACUAACGACUCGCUGCGCCUCGCCUCCACGUGGCACGGGCUGCACGCCAUCGCCAUGCAGCUGUCGCCCAUCCCCAACGGUGGCGGCAUUGAGAUGCUGGAGGCAGGCACCUUCGACUUGCACUGUUUCCAGACGCUCACAGGCACCAAGUUCUUCAUAGCCACGGAGGUGGGCUUCACGGGGGCGCCCACGCUGCUCGCAAUCAUCUACGACCUCUACACCGACUAUGUGCUCAAAAACCCCUUCUAUGAGGUGAGACUCUCCACCGACUAUGUGCUAAAAAACCCCUUCUAUGAGGUGCCUCUCUACACCGACUAUGUGCUCAAAAACCCUUGCUAUGAGGUGCCUCUCUACACCGACUAUGUGCUCAAAAACCCCUUCUUGAAGGUGCCUCUCUACACCGACUAUGUGCUCAAAAACCCCUUCUAUGAGGUGCCUCUCUACACCGACUAUGUGCUCAAAAACCCUUUCUAUGAGGUGCCUCUCUACACCGACUAUGUGCUCAAAAACCCCUUCUAUGAGGUGCCUCUCUACACCGACUAUGUGCUCAAAAACCCUUUCUAUGAGGUGCCCCUCUACACCGACUAUGUGCUCAAAAACCCCUUCUAUGAGGUGCCUCUCUACACCGACUAUGUGCUCAAAAACCCUUGCUAUGAGGUGUCUCUCUACACCGACUAUGUGCUCAAAAACCCCUCCUAUGAGGUGCCUCUCUACGCCGACUAUGUGCUAAAAAACCCUUGCUAUGAGGUGUCUCUCUACACCGACUAUGUGCUCAAAAACCCCUUCUAUGAGGUGCCCCUAUACACCGACUAUGUGCUCAAAAACCCUUUCUAUGAGGUGCCUCUCUACACCGACUCUGUGCUCAAAAACUCUUUCUAUGAGGUGCCUCUCUACACCGACUAUGUGCUAAAAAACCCUUUCUAUGAGGUGCCCCUCAACACCGACUAUGUGCUAAAAAACCCCUUCUAUGAGGUGCAUCUCUACGCCGACUAUGUGCUCAAAAACCCUUGCUAUGAGGUGCCUCUCUACACCGACUAUGUGCUCAAAAACCCUUUCUAUGAGGUGCCCCUCUACAUUGACUAUGUGCUCAAAAACCCUUUCUAUGAGGUGCCCCUCUACACCGACUAUGUGCUCAAAAACCCUUUCUAUAAGGUGCCUCUCUACACAAACUAUGUGCUAAAAAACCCCUUCUAUGAGGUGCCUCUCUACACCGACUAUGUGCUCAAAAACCCUUUCUAUAAGGUGCCUCUCUACACCGACUAUGUGCUCAAAAACCCUUUCUAUGAGGUGCCCCUCUACACCGACUAUGUGCUUAAAAACCCUUUCUAUGAGGUGCCCCUCUACACCGACUAUGUGCUAAAAAACCCCUUCUAUGAGGUGCCUCUCUACGCCGACUAUGUGCUCAAAAACCCUUGCUAUGAGGUGCCUCUCUACACCGACUAUGUGCUCAAAAACCCUUUCUAUAAGGUGCCUCUCUACACCGACUAUGUGCUCAAAAACCCUUUCUAUGAGGUGCCCCUCUACACCGACUAUGUGCUCAAAAACCCUUUCUAUGAGGUGCCCCUCUACACCGACUAUGUGCUAAAAAACCCCUUCUAUGAGGUGCCUCUCUACGCCGACUAUGUGCUCAAAAACCCUUGCUAUGAGGUGCCUCUCUACACCGACUAUGUGCUCAAAAACCCUUUCUAUAAGGUGCCUCUCUACACCGACUAUGUGCUCAAAAACCCUUUCUAUGAGGUGCCCCUCUACACCGACUAUGUGCUAAAAAACCCUUUCUAUGAGGUGUCUCUCUACGGCGACUAUGUGCUCAAAAACCCUUUCUAUAAGGUGCCUCUCUACACCGACUAUGUGCUCAAAAACCCUUUCUAUGAGGUGCCCCUCUACGCUGACUAUGUGCUCAAAAACCCUUUCUAUGAGGUGCCCCUCUACACCGACUAUGUGUUAAAAAUACCCUUCUAUGAGGUGCCUCUCUGCACCGACUAUGUGCUCAAAAACCCCUUCUAUGAGGUGCCUCUUUGCACCGACUAUUGGUCAACGCGUGUCCGCCCCCCACCCCUGCCACGCCAUGUACACCAGGUGGAGAUGCCCAUCCGCUGCGACCUCUUUGACCUGCAUCUGCCUGCUGCCAUCCGCAAGGACCGCUCUCUGCUCGCCGCUGGGGUCGUCGUGCCCGGCCGAUCAUAG